AUGGCAAAUAACAGUGGUCAAAAUAAUUACACGUGUAGUGAAAAUGAUGAACGACACGUUCUACUCGUGCAAUAUAUUCUCGGAGGAUGGAUUUCGUGCGUUGUUGGCGUUCUCGGCAUUAUCAGUAAUGGCCUUUCGAUCUUAAUCUUAGCCAAUCAUCGUAUGCGUUACCUUUCGACGAAUAUUUAUCUUCUUGCACUGUCAAUUGUUAAUCUCAUCUGGCUAAUUUUGUAUUUAACUAUAAAUUCCAUUCGAUUUACGCUAAUUGUACCGAAAUUUUUGGUGAAUUCGCACGACGACGAUCAACACGUCUAUGAUGAUUUGGUCCAACGCUUUACUCCAUAUGUGAUUCCAUUGAUGAAUACAUUACAAUUAUGUUCAAUUUAUUAUACAGUUGCUGUUUCGUUCGAUCGUUUCCUUUAUUUGUCGUAUGGUUUAUCUGCGGAAACGAUCUGUACAGUUCGAAACUCUCUUCGUACGAUUUUCUGUAUAACCAUUUUUUCAAUUCUGUUUAUUUUACCACACUGGUUUAAAUAUCGCGUAGAAUUCACUGAAGAUAAUCAUGUUCAUCUACGGUUAACACAAAUCGGUGAAAACGAGUUAUUCCGUCGAAUAAUUCACAUUUGGCUUUACAUUCCUGUAGUUUAUGCACUUCCGUUUCUUCUACUUAUCAUUAUCAAUCUUUUCACAAUCAAGCUACUCCACAAAUUCUAUCUAAACCGUCGGCAAACUUUGCACUUAACAUCGCCAUCGUCUACGCAAAACGAUGAGCAGCAUGAACGUGAUAUCACACUGAUGUUGAUCGGUGUUGUUCUAUUAUUCUUCAUUUGCCGUUUUCCGAUGUUGAUCAAUCAUAUUUUCGAAACGAAACUCUCGUUAACAUCGUACAGCACCAGCCAUGAGAAGAUUCAGCCAUUGACGAAGCGUUAUUAUUUGAGUAAUUGCCGCUUUCGGCAUUUGUUCAACACGACAGUGAAUUUUCUGCAAGUUAUCAAUGCUUCUGCGAAUCUCUUCUUCUAUUACUUAUUUGGCGAACGAUUCCGAGAAACGAGUUUCGAAUUAGCAAGAUUAGUACGGAAACGUGUCAUUCGACGACGACAUGUGCUGAGAGACAAUCGAAAUGAUUGUCUGCCGAGGAAAAGAACGAUCUCAAAUGCCACCAUUCAGAAUCAAAUCCUUGAUCAACAACAAUUGUCGAAUUUAUUGAACACAGAGCAUGAUCAUUUAGUUAAGAAAUAA